AUUUGUCUAAACGUCACUUUAUUAAACAGCAAUCGGUCUACAUCAGAAAAUGGCCCCUCAACUAGAAUCUGCUUAUUUGGAGCUGGACGAAAUGUUUCAAACUUUGAAGAACAUUUCCCAGGCGCCAACCGGCAAUAAGGAGGCGUUUGAAAAGGCUCUCAUUUCACUCAAUGAACAAUUUCAAAAAAUACUCACUCGCAUCGAGGAACAGCUUCAGUCGUUAACGAGCGAAGACCAGCAUGAUGACUGGAUCAAACUUACCGUGAUGAAAUGCUCUUUGAUCUACGAGGAAGGUAAAAUACAUUUGAGUGCUGAAAAAUUCACCGAAGCCAAAGAAGAAAUGAAGAAGUCUUUGGCAGUGUUAAUAGGCGUUGAGGCAGAUCCAUUCGUAUGCUACCUGCACAUGCGCAUUGUAAAUCACUUGGGAUUCAUCCUUAGCAAACUAGAAGAUUUUGGUACUGCCAAAAUAUUUUUGGAGCGAAUACUUGUGAUUGAUGUACCCGAGAAUGUCGUAUCUUUCACGACCGAAGAACUUUUUGCGAUUGGAGGGAUUAACAAUGAAGAUUCCAAAUCAAAAAUGCACAACAUUUAUAUAAGUAAUUUGCAAAUGUUGAGCUGGGUUUACAGCAAACUUGGUCUAGAGACUGAUUCUGCCAAAAUGCAGCAUAUUAUCUUAGAAAAGGAAAUGGAAUUUGAGGAUUGUGAUCCUGUAGACUGGGCAAUGCGAUGCACACGUGUUGCGUCAUUGUAUUUGGUCCGUAAGGACUUCGUUGCGUCGCGAUAUUAUUUAUCUGCGGCUACUUCAGCGCUUGAUCGAGUUGAAGGACGACUUGAUGACCAUCCGGAUAUAGGCAGGGCUCAAGCAGAAUUAGCUCGCGGAUGGAUUUACUACGGAUUAAAGUUGUUUGAUGUGAGUCGUUGUGAAGAUAUUAAUCAAAUGUGUUUGAAAAUAUUCGAUGAUCCUGAACCUUUAGUAUCGCAAGAUUCAGCAAUAUUUUCAAGUGAAGAACCCGCUUUAGAUGAAGCAAUACAAUUUCGUAACUCAGAAGUGAUAGUUGCGAAUGUCCCAGCUAAACCUAUUCAGCGAAUCGUCGAAGCCAGACAUCUUUUCCAACACACACAGGUUUGGUUGAAACGUGCGCGUGUUUACUACACUUUGCGUGAUCACCCCUACAUUUACGUCAACUGCGUCUUGGACCUGAGUGAAUUGUACAGGUUCCUUGCGUUUUACGAACCUGACUUGGAAGCGCAAUACAUUGUGCAUAAAAAACGUGCCAAUGCAUUGGAAACACUUAGCACUGUUCUAAAAGAAGUAAGACCUCAGUGUUACGUCGCGGUGAGUGUCGAUCUGCUUCGUGAGUUAGCUGAAGUUCAAAUUGAACUUUUGGGGAUUAAUUUGAAGAAAAUGUACAAACUUCAGAAUAUUGCAAAGGAAAGUCCUGAAAGUGUAAAGAAGCGCAUAGAAAACAUUUAUCAGAUACAUAGCAAGCUCGAAAAUGUAGGUAAAUUUUUACCGCAUGAAAUAGACGAAGAAAGUCACACGAAAUUGUCGAAUGUCAACGAUGUACUGUCACAAGGUGAUGCAAUUCCCGGUUUGGGUGAAGGACAGGUAAAUUGAUUUCAUACUACUUUCAAGCAACUAGAAGAUGGCAUCGCAUAUCGUUUGGUUGUAAUAAUUAUUUAUUAAGAACGUUAAACAUACAUAAGUUGCUAAUACAUUUUAUUUUUGUGUGUUUAUGCUAA